CUCACAGUGAACUAUCCACGCCCCCUCACUGUUGGUUUUCGUUUGACAGCAAGUGAAGUUACUUCUCCUGAACUGGGACUGUUUCAGCCUUUAAAUCAUUGCGUGUUCGGCUUCAUUUCGAUCGAUCACUCCGGAUUUUCCCUCAAAUGAUGGAAUAAGAAGUAACCAUGGUGGUGAAUUCGGUGCACUGGUUUCGCAAAGGUCUGCGGUUGCACGAUAAUCCAGCGCUGCAGGAGGCCCUCAAUGGAGCGGACACAGUGCGCUGUGUUUAUAUCCUGGACCCGUGGUUUGCUGGCGCCGCCAACGUGGGAAUCAACCGAUGGAGGUUUCUGCUGGAGGCUCUGGAGGACCUGGACAGCAGUCUGAAGAAGCUCAACUCCAGAUUGUUUGUAGUCAGAGGGCAGCCCACUGAUGUUUUUCCAAGGCUUCUAAAGGAGUGGAAAGUGACCAGGUUGACGUUUGAAUAUGACCCAGAGCCUUAUGGGAAGGAGAGGGAUGGAGCCAUCAUCAAGAUGGCCCAAGAGUUUGGAGUGGAGACUGUUGUCAGAAACUCACACACCCUCUACAACCUGGACAGGAUAAUAGAGAUGAACAACAACAGUCCUCCUCUGACCUUUAAGCGCUUUCAGACCAUUGUGAGCCGACUGGAGUUGCCCAGGAGACCUCUGCCUCCCAUCACCCAGCAGCAGAUGGACAAAUGUCGCACUAAAAUAGCCGACAACCACGACCAGCUAUACAGUAUACCUUCACUGGAAGAACUAGGUUUCAGGACAGAAGGUUUACCUCCAGCUAUUUGGCAGGGAGGAGAGUCAGAGGCCUUGGACAGACUCAACAAACAUCUGGACAAAAAGGUGUGGGUGGCCAACUUUGAGCACCCUCGGGUCAACACAUGCUCCCUGUAUGCCAGUCCUACCGGCCUCAGCCCCUUCCUGCGCUUCGGCUGCUUGUCCUGCAGGGUUUUGUACUACAACCUCAGAGAGCUCUACAUGAAGCUCCGUAAGCGUUGCAGUCCUCCUCUGUCCCUGUUUGGCCAGUUGUUAUGGAGGGAGUUCUUCUACACAGCCGCCACCAACAACCCAAACUUCGACCGCAUGGAUGGAAACCCCAUCUGUGUCCAGAUCCCAUGGGACCAGAACCCGGAGGCACUGGCCAAGUGGGCUGAGGGUCGGACUGGUUUUCCUUGGAUUGACGCCAUCAUGACCCAGCUGAGACAAGAGGGCUGGAUCCACCACCUGGCCCGACACGCCGUGGCCUGUUUCCUCACCAGGGGGGACCUGUGGAUCAGCUGGGAGAGCGGCAUGAAGGUGUUUGAGGAGCUGCUGCUGGAUGCCGAUUGGAGUGUAAAUGCUGGCAGCUGGAUGUGGCUGUCCUGCAGUGCCUUCUUCCAGCAGUUCUUCCACUGCUACUGUCCUGUCGGCUUCGGAAGGAGAACUGACCCAUCAGGAGACUACAUCAGGCGUUACAUCCCCAUCCUGAAGGACUACCCCAACCGGUACAUCUACGAGCCGUGGAACGCCCCAGAGUCGGUCCAGAAGUCAGCCAACUGUGUGGUGGGAGUGGAUUACCCCAAACCGAUGAUAAACCAUGCAGAGGGCAGCAGGCUUAACAUCGAGAGGAUGAAACAAGUUUACCAGCAACUCUCCCAUUACAGAGGACUCAGUCUACUAGCAUCAGUACCAACGAUCCAAGAGGAGGCAGAGCCACCAAUGACCGAUGAGUCCCAGACCAGCAGUGGCCCUGACUCUCCUCCCAGAGGUCCUGAUGACGAUGAAGCAGCUGGCUGCUCUACAGCUCCUGAUUCAUCCACCGUCUGCACGUCCUACGCACCACAACCAGACUUGGAGGACCAAGCGCAUGAUUACCCAUCCCAAACACCCUGCGCCUCCUCCGGCUCACACGCACAGCCCUCUGCAGCCAUAACAUCUACAUCUGCCAGCCAUCCUUCAUCCACAGCAGCUCUACCCUCCCCAGCCCAGAGCCCUCUGUCAAGGUCCAAACCCUCCUGCCCUUCCUCUUCGUCUCCGAGUCCAGCAACGACCCCGACCCAGACCACCUCCUCCUCCUCCUCCUCCUCCUCCUCCUCCCUGGGGCAGAGGAGGAAAGGCCUCACACGCAAGUUCCGGCGCAGCCAGAGGCAACGAGGGCGACAGAGCUGCACUCCAGCAGCCAAAGAGGGGGACCGGAGAUCAGAGGAGGAGAGGAUGGAGGAGGACGUUGAGCAGGAUGAGGAGAGAAUGGAGGAGGAGGCUUGUGGAGAGACAGUAGGACAUCAGCAGUGACACAAGGGGGAGUUCAGAAGAACAGUCCUCAAACAUCCACACUGACGGCUGGACUCAUAAAGACAUGGAGAAGGCUUCUGGAUCUGUGGACAACAUAAAUAAAUAUAUAAAAGCAUGCAUACAACACAAGUGGAAGCAGUACAGAAGCAUUUUACUCACAUUUACUCCUGUCUUCAAAAAAAAAGGAAAUACUACAAGUAUUUAAAUGAGAAAAAGUAAAUGACCAAUUUUUAGAACAGAACCAGUCCAGAAUUACUGUAAAUGAUUCAAACAUGAUUCAUAUUUGAGGACAUGGAUCAGGUUAUAUUCCUAAAAAGUAUUUAAAAUGAGUAAUGAGUAAUUUUCUCUUGUACCAUUUCAUCUUACAGACACACACACACACAGCUAAUAAAGAACAUAAUGCACUACAACUCUUAGACACCAAAUCCACAUUGAACCUAUACAAUCAAGUGUGGCCGUCCGCAGUAGCACCUCUCUGCUUGUCCUGUUGCUUCUGCUAAUGUCCUCUCCUUAGAAACAAGGUAGUGCAGAAGCCUGAAUGUCACCUGCCCCCCAAAACACUGUCCCGUCUCCCCACCAGACUGUCUAUGUCUCUCUGCUCUGGGAAAGAGUCAUUUGAUAAAGCAGUGUAUUUUGACAUUUUGCAGUAAUGAUUUUGCAUAAACGUGAUUUGUGAGAUUUAAUAAGUCGUGUGGGACAACCGAGAAACGGAGUGACUGGGUCCUGGCCAGGCUAAAAACUGACUUCAGACUGACCUUGAGUGAAAUGUAUUAAACUUCCCGUUAUGUUGUAGUUCUCUUCGAUGUACAGUUGUGGACAUUUUGGGCCUGCUUUAGGAGGCACAAAUUUUAUAUUCAGAUGGGAAAACGGUUAUCUGUUAUGAUUGCUGAUUUUACUCGGGACAUUCUCCUGAUUUCACUACCUUCAAAUGAAAAGAUACACUACAGAACAUGAUUAAAACUCUACAGCCUGGCAUCCCCAGACUAAUUCACAAAUGUGAAUUCUAUCUGCCUGAGCAAAUCAAAUAUUAGCUUACACAUCGGUCGGGUUCCUAGGCUGGAAACAAUACAUUUCAUAUGUAAAUGGAAGAUGUGAAUCUUUUGGAAAAUGUCAGAUUUUUUUGCUAGCAGCAGAGAAGAUGUGAAUUAGUGAAAGGGAACAUAACAUUUUUGUAGUCCACCUCUCUAAAUCAUAAAUUCCCUGUCUGUUUAGGAGGGUCACACAUCUUCUGAAGGUAUAGAACAUCUCUUAUUGAAACCUUGUAAGUUAAGAGGCCAGGGCUACACCUUGUGUAUAUGAACAGCUUUACUCUUAAAAACACCCACAAGUUUUUGCAUUUGCCAUAUUUUUCUCUGGCAAUCGAAAGUCCUGCUUGUGUGGAAUGAAUGUAGAGGAAAAAAAACUGCCGUGUUGUUCUCCCCAUACACAAUAUUUAUCAGAGUUUGUAUAUGAAAUAUGUAAAACCAUAACCUGUCUGUUUUAAUUAUGGUCUGAUUUAAAGGGGGUUUCACAAAGACUUGUACCUUGGAUGUUUCUUACCAAAAGUGUCCACCGGAGGGUAGUAGAUACAGUAAACUCUGCACAUGGUCAGUGAACUGUUGAGAUUUAUCAGUUGUACACGCACUAAAGCUAAAGAUUAAAUUUGAACCUGAUUGUUAUUCUGGAUUCAUCAACUAAUAAUUGUUCUGUAAAAUGUCACCAAACUAUUAUUUCUCACAGUCCUAGGUGUCUUUAAAUGCUUUGUUUUGCCACAAAAACAAUGAGAUUUAGUCUACGAAGCAGUUAACCCUCACACCUGAAAAGCCAUUUGUUUGGCAUUUUUGCUUGAUAAAUUACCAAAACAAUUCCUCCAUCAUCUAAAAGAUUCUUAGAUACAUUUUCUAUUAAUCAAAUAGUUGAUUAGGAAUUGUUUCAAUAUUAGCAUGGACUGUACUGUCCAGUUUAACUUCUGGAUCCCAAAACUUUCAGAAGUUCUACAAAUUCACUCCUGAUUUAACUGGUUUAAAGCUGCAGUAGGUGUUAAAAGAAAAAAAAUAUUUUGUCAUAUUUGCUGAAAUUUUCUAAUGGCAUUUUCAACAAUCCACCGGGCAAAAGCGACCAAUCAGAGCCAAGGAAAGUAGUUGAAUGUUAAGUCUCAUUCCUAGGUCGUUAAAUACAGACGCUUUGGGAAUGAGACUCAACAAACAACUAUCUUUCUCUGCUCUGACUGGUAGUUGUCACUAAGGCCCAGUGGAUGCUUGUAAAAUAUUAUUUUUAUAAAAGUUACCUAUUGCAGCUUUAAUAAACAGACACAAAAUUGCCUAAAAUCUUGUAUUUUCUGAUUACAUUACCAAAUAAAGGUAAUCUUGAAUUUAUACUUUUUUACAAAAAAUAAAUGGAUUUAAAGGAACAGUGUGUAGCAUUUAGUGGCAUUGAAUGGCCCUAUCUAGAGCCUGUGUUUGUUCUGUCCCUUCUGGGCUACUGUAGAAACAUGGCGGACUUUGUAGAAGAGGACCCGCUCCCUCUGUAGAUAAAAACAGCUCAUUCUUAGGUCACAUAAGCACAACUAUUCUUAUAUUCAGGUGAUUAUACACUAAUGGAAAUGUAGCUAUGAAUAUUAUAUUCCAUUUCUGACCAAAGAUCCUCCUGAAUGUUACACACUGGACCUUUAAAUCAUCAGGUUAUUUCUGGAGGAACCAUGCAUUCUUUUUCUUUUUGCAUCAGAAUGUUUUUGAAAGUGACAAUCUGUGGUCACUUCAUCCUAAACACUUAGUUUGAACCCUGCGCAGAACAAGCAAGCCAUAGUAGCAGUUAGACUUUGUGAAACCCCCUCAGUGUUGCCUGGAUGGGUGGAAGUUCCCCCAAAGAGGGAUCAUGGAUUGUUAAGAGACGAAACUUGCAGCCUGUGCAGGUGUGGUACUGUUGGUGUUAAAGACAAGUGGGUACUGUGAAUCCCAUAAGGUAAAGGAUGAAUCAGCCAGUGGAGUUGAGCCUCUCGGGGCUAACCAGAAAAGCUCACAGUUCCCACUAAUCCCGAACACAACACAAGCCCUGAUCAGAUGCUUGUGUUUUGCUGCACAUUCCAACUAACAGCAGUACGAUGCUCUGCAGGGCCAGAGGUCUGUCUGAGAACUGUAGGCUACGUGGAUAUUUAUUUGUUUUGUAUUGUACAAAAAGAGUUUAUUUUCAUUAAAAUUGCUGAAGGAAUUGUGAUUGAA